AUGUCUACACGGAUGGCAACGUGUGCCGACAUCACGUACGACGCAUUAACGGGGCUAUAUACCCUAUGUAUGUUGAUGACAUGUCUUAUUGAGAAGAGCCUAAAAGGUCAAAUUAUAAAGACAAAUGUAUCUCUAGAAGCAGGCGCUCAUUUCAUAGAAUCUCUUCACCUUCAAACUGCAGCUGAGUGCCAAGAAAAGUGCUGUGAACAUGCAGAACCCUGCAACACAGCUGUUAUCAGAGUUAAAAAUUAUAAGCCGGGGGUUUCCUGCUACCUUUUCGAUUGCAAAUCUCCUAGUGUCUGUUCUUUUGAUACGCACUCCGAUUUUAAAGUGAUUCAACUGUCUUCAUCCUCAUCAUCUGUGCAAGAACAUCAGCUAGAUGAAUUAGCUAGCACAUCUCAGCAGGACAACAGACAUUCACAUGCCUCCACCUCGCCUACAUCUCCUACCAAUGUUCAGUGCUUCCCUGGCUUCCAUCCUGUUGCGGGUUCAUGCAGAAAAGAUUGUCAGAAGUUGUCCUUUGAAUGUUUAAAUGUUGACCAACCUUCACUGAGUCAGUGCAUUGCCCUUUACGACAAGUGUGAUACGUUCAACCAGUGCGAUGAUGGUUCAGACGAAGUUGCCUGCUCAUACGAUCAACAGCAGGACCACAGAAACGACGCCGCUGCUGGUGGUGGGGCUGGUGAGAAAGAUGAUAAUGGCAGCCACCACACCGCAGGUGAGAUAGUUUUUGUAGGGAAAGUUUAA